AUGAGUGGGUUAGAUGCGGUUCUCGAAGUUUGUGGUGGUGAAGCCUUGGGUUCCGAUCGGCUUGAGAUCCGGUUGGUGUUUGAAGAUUUACUGGUUCGGUUUGUUUCUGCGAGGGGUUUGCUUGGGUUCGGUUUCAUCGNCCUCGAGUCCUUUCUGCUUUGGCUUCUGUGCCGGUCUUCUUUCGCCNGAGGUUGA